GGGGGAGGGGUGCGGAGCACCAUGCAGUUUGUAUCCUGGGCCACACUGCUCACGCUCCUGGUGCGGGACCUGGCCGAGAUGGGGAGCCCAGACGCCGCGGCGGCCGUGCGCAAGGACAGGCUGCAUCCGAGGCAAGCCAAGUUGUUAGAGACCCUGAGCGAGUACGAAAUCGCGUCCCCCAUCCGAGUGAACGCCCUCGGCGAGCCCUUUCCCACGAACGUGCACUUCAAAAGAAGGCGACGGAGCAUUAACUCUGCCUCUGACCCCUGGCCUGCCUUCGCCUCCUCCUCCUCCUCUUCCUCUUCUACCUCCUCCUCCCGGGCGCAUUACCGCCUCUCCGCCUUCGGCCAGCAGUUUCUAUUUAAUCUCACCGCCCAUGCCGGAUUUAUCGCUCCGCUGUUCACCGUCACCCUCCUCGGGGAGCCCGCGGUGAACCAGACCAAGUUUUAUUCCCAAGAAGAAGCGGAACUCAAGCACUGUUUCUACAAAGGCCAUGUCAACACUAAGUCUGAGCACACGGCCGUCAUUAGCCUCUGCUCGGGAAUGCUGGGCACAUUCCGGUCCUAUGAUGGGGAUUAUUUUAUUGAACCACUGUUGUCUAUGGAUGAACAAGAGGAGGAAGAGGAACAAAACAAACCCCACAUUAUUUAUAGGCACAGCAACCCCCGGAGGGCGCAUGGCACUGGACGGCGGAUGUGUGACACCUCAGAGCACAGAAAUAGUCACCGUAAAGACAAGAGGAAAGCCAGAACAAGAAAAUGGGGAGAAAGGAAUGACCUGGCUGAGGAUGUGGCCAUACUAAACCACAGCCUAACAUCGCAGGCGUUCUCGGCCUAUGGUAACAGGACGGAUGACGUGAGGAAAACGAGGUCCCACCGAAGAACCAAACGAUUUUUAUCCUACCCACGGUUUGUAGAAGUGAUGGUGGUGGCGGACAACAAAAUGGUUUCAUACCAUGGAGCCAACCUUCAGCACUAUAUUUUAACCUUGAUGUCCAUUGUAGCCUCUAUCUAUAAAGACCCAAGUAUUGGAAAUUUAAUUAAUAUUGUUAUUGUGAACUUAGUUGUGAUUCAUAAUGAACAGGAAGGACCUUCUAUAUCUUUUAAUGCCCAGACAACAUUAAAAAACUUUUGCCAGUGGCAGCAUUCGAAGAACUCCUCAGGUGGAAUCCAGCAUGAUACUGCUGUCCUUGUUACGAGACAGGACAUCUGCAGAGCCCAUGACAAAUGUGAUACUCUAGGCCUUGCUGAACUGGGAACCAUUUGUGACCCCUACCGAAGCUGUUCCAUUAGUGAAGACAGUGGGCUGAGCACAGCGUUUACAAUCGCCCAUGAGCUUGGCCACGUGUUUAACAUGCCUCAUGAUGACAACAAUAAAUGUAAGGAAGAAGGUGUUAAGAGUCCCCAGCACGUCAUGGCACCAACACUGAACUUCUACACCAACCCCUGGAUGUGGUCCAAGUGCAGUCGGAAAUAUAUCACUGAGUUCUUAGAUACUGGGUAUGGCGAGUGUUUGCUUAACGAACCUGAAUCCAGACCCUACCCUUUGCCUCCCCAACUGCCAGGCCUCCUUUACAACGUGAAUAAACAAUGUGAAUUGAUUUUUGGACCAGGUUCUCAGGUGUGCCCCUAUAUGAUGCAGUGUAGACGGCUGUGGUGCAAUAAUGUGGAUGGAGCAAACAAAGGCUGCCGGACUCAGCAUACACCCUGGGCUGACGGGACUGAGUGUGAGCCUGGAAAGCACUGCAAGUUUGGAUUUUGUGUUCCCAAAGAAAUGGAUGUGCCCCCGACGGAUGGAUCCUGGGGAGGUUGGAGUCACUUUGGUUCCUGCUCAAGAACAUGUGGAGGCGGCAUCAAAACAGCCAUCAGAGAGUGCAACAGACCCGAGCCAAAAAAUGGUGGCAAGUACUGUGUGGGGCGGAGAAUGAAGUUUAAGUCCUGCAAUACGGAGCCCUGUCCGAAGCAGAAGAGGGAUUUCCGAGAUGAGCAGUGUGCUCACUUCGACGGCAAGCAUUUUAACAUCAAUGGUCUGCUCCCGAACGUGCGCUGGGUCCCUAAGUACAGCGGAAUUUUGAUGAAGGAUCGGUGCAAGUUGUUCUGCAGAGUGGCAGGGAACACAGCCUACUAUCAGCUCCGAGACAGAGUGGUUGAUGGGACUCCCUGUGGGCAGGACACAAAUGAUAUCUGUGUGCAAGGCCUUUGCCGGCAAGCUGGAUGUGAUCAUGUUUUAAACUCAAAAGCCCGGAGAGAUAAGUGCGGGGUUUGUGGUGGCGAUAAUUCUUCGUGCAAAACAGUGGCAGGAAUAUUUAAUUCAGUGCAUUAUGGUUACAACACUGUGGUUCGAAUCCCUGCUGGUGCUACGAGUAUCGAUGUGCGACAGCACAGUUUCUCAGGGAAAUCUGAGGAUGACAACUAUUUAGCUUUAUCAAGCAGUAAAGGUGAAUUCUUACUCAAUGGUGAUUUUGUGGUCACGAUGUCCAAAAGGGAAAUCCGUGUUGGAAAUGCCGUGAUUGAAUACAGUGGCUCUGACAAUGUUGUGGAGAGAAUCAAUUCCACAGACCGUAUUGAACAAGAACUUCUGCUUCAGGUUUUGUCGGUGGGAAAGUUAUUCAACCCUGAUGUGCGUUAUUCAUUCAAUAUUCCAAUUGAUGACAAGCCUCAACAGUUUUACUGGAACAGUCACGGACCCUGGCAAGCGUGUAGCAAACCCUGCCAAGGGGAGCGGAGACGAAGACCUGUUUGUACCAGGGAAUCUGAUCAGCUAACUGUUUCUGAUCAAAGAUGUGAUCGGCUGCCCCAGCCAGGACCUGUCACGGAAGCCUGUGCCACAGACUGCGACUUAAGAGCCCAUGAACUCAACCCCUACCAGGAAGCUGUUUUCAUUCUUCAUCUGGUCAUGAAGAUGAGCGAUAGUCACAAAUCUCGUUCUAUGGAGAUUUCCUUCCAAUGUGAAAAUGUUCCACUUAUUAACGCACUGGGAUAUGACUGUGAAUUACCAUCUUGUCAUCCUCUCCCACUGGCCCCAGAAGCAAGGAGAAGCUCACAUGGUGUUCCAAGAACCCAGUGGCGAUUUGGAUCUUGGACUCCAUGCUCAGCUACCUGUGGGAAAGGGACCCGGAUGAGAUACGUCAGUUGUCGGGAUGAGGAUGGCUCUGUGGCUGAUGAGAACGCGUGUGCCAUGCUGCCCAGGCCAGUGGCUAAGGAGGAAUGUGCCGUGACACCCUGUGGGCAGUGGAAAGCUUUGGACUGGAGCUCUUGUUCGGUGACAUGUGGGCAAGGUAGGGCAACUCGGCAAGUGGUAUGUGUCAACUACAGUGACCACGUGGUUGAUCAGAGUGAGUGCGACCCGGAUUAUAUCCCUGAGACGGACCAGGACUGUUCCAUGUCCCCCUGCCUGCAAUGGACCCCAGACAGCCUCGCUCAGCAUCCAUUCCAAAAUGAGGACUACCGCCCCAGGAGCGCCAGCCCUAGCCGGACCCACGUGCUAGGUGGGAACCAGUGGAGAACAGGCCCCUGGGGAGCAUGUUCUAGUACCUGUGCUGGUGGGUCCCAGCGGCGUGUUGUGGUGUGUCAGGAUGAAAACGGAUACACUGCCAAUGACUGCGUGGAGAGAAUAAAACCAGAUGAGCAACGGGCCUGCGAAUCCGGUCCUUGUCCUCAGUGGAUUUAUGGCAGCUGGGGAGAGUGCACUAAGCUGUGUGGCGGAGGGAUGCGAACAAGACUGGUGGUCUGUCAGCGGUCCAAUGGUGAACGGUUCCCAGAUUUGAGCUGUGACAUUCUCGAGAAACCUCCGGAUCAUGAGCAGUGUAACACACACGCAUGUCGCCAAGACGCUGCCUGGAGUACUGGCCCUUGGAGCUCGUGUUCUGUCUCUUGUGGUCGAGGGCAUAAACAACGAAAUGUUUACUGCCUGGCAAAAGAUGGAAGCCAUUUAGAAAGUGAUUACUGUAAACACCUUGCUAAGCCACAUGGGCACAGAAAGUGCCGAGGAGGACGAUGCCCCAAAUGGAAGGCUGGCGCUUGGAGUCAGUGCUCGGUGUCCUGUGGCCAAGGCGUGCAGCACAGGCAGGUGGAUUGUCACAUCGGAGCCCACAAAACAGCCAGAGAGACGGAGUGCAACCCCUACACCAGACCGGAGUCGGAACGCAUCUGCCAGGUCACACCGUGUCCUCUCUACGCCUGGAGGACAGAGCAAUGGCAAGAAUGUACCAAGACUUGUGGCGAAGGCACCCGGUACCGCCGGGUGAGAUGCGUGGCCGAGGACCAAGGCGAGGUGCACGCGGCACACUGUGAUGCCAGCCAGCGGCCCGCGGACGGCGAGAGCUGCAGCUCGCAGCCCUGCGAGUAUGUGUGGAUCACAGGAGAGUGGUCAGAGUGCUCAGUGACCUGUGGGAAGGGCUACAAACAAAGGCUGGUCUCCUGCAGCGAGAUCUACACGGGCAAGGAGAAUUACGAGUACAGCUACCAAACCACCAUGAACUGCCCCGGCACGCGGCCCCCCAGCGUGCACCCCUGCUACCUGAGGGACUGCCCCGUCUCGGCCACCUGGAGGGUUGGCAACUGGGGAAGUUGUUCCGUGUCCUGUGGCGUGGGAGUCAUGCACAGAUCUGUGCAAUGUCUAACCAACGAGGACCAGCCCAGCCACUUGUGUCUCACCGACUUGAAGCCGGACGAACAGAAAACCUGCCAUAAUGUUUAUAACUGUGAGUUACCCCAGACCUGCAAGGAAGUAAAAAGACUCAAUGGUGUCCGUGAGGAUGGUGAAUAUUUCCUGACUGUGAGAGGGAAACUCCUAAAGGUAUUCUGUGCAGGGAUGCAGUCUGAUCGCCCCAAGGAAUACGUGACGCUGGUUCAUGGUGACUCUGAGAAUUUCUCUGAGGUUUACGGGCACAGGUUGCACAACCCAACAGAAUGUCCCUACAAUGGCAGCCGGCGCGAUGACUGCCAGUGUCGGAAGGAUUAUACCGCCGCUGGGUUUUCCAGCUUCCAGAAAAUUCGAAUCGACCUGAGCAGCAUGCAGAUCAUAACCACUGACUUACAGUUUGCCAGGACCAGCGAAGGACACCCCGUUCCUUUUGCCACGGCUGGGGACUGCUACAGUGCUGCCAAGUGCCCCCAGGGCCGCUUCAGCAUCAACCUGUACGGAACAGGCCUGUCCCUAACCGACUCUGCCAGAUGGCUGUCCCAGGGAAAUUACGCCGUCUCUGACAUCAAGAAGUCACCGGACGGGACCCGAGUCAUAGGGAAAUGUGGUGGUUACUGUGGAAAAUGCACUCCAUCCUCUGGUACUGGCCUGGAGGUUCGAGUUCUAUAGCCAAGAUGCUCUGAAGAGGAAGACAUUCUGGGAUGGAUGAAGGAUAGUAAAGCAAUACCUCCACCUUAAAUUAGAGUGUGUGUGUGUGCAUGUGUGUGCGCGUGCAUGUGUGUAUACCUGUAUACGUGUAUAUGUGAAUGUGUGGAUGUGUGUAUAUAGACAUAUGUAUAUAGAUAUGUAUAUAGAUAUAUAAAUAUAUAUACAGGUUGAGCAUCCCUGAUUUGAAAACCUGAAAUCAGAAAUGCUCCAACUUCUGAAACUUUCGAUCGCCAGUGUGACCCCUGACCUAGAAAAAUUCCUCACCAAGACCGGGCUUCAUGCACAACCAUUAUUUAAAUGCCUAUGCAACAUGACCUGGUACACACAGCAGUGUGUAGAAGGUGCAUCUGAAACAGAAGUGAUAUUUCGUGUGUAGCCUUUGAGUUUCAUUCCCCCAAAAUCUUAUUAUGUGUAUUCAGCUACUUCCACAUUCUGUACACCUCUGGAAUGGGAGACACAACCGCACCAAAUAUUCUAAAUGAGGGCUUACUCAACCUGUGGAAUAUCCUAAUGAUGUAAAGUUUAAUAUUUAUGUCUGAAAUUAUUUAUUGUGAUGUAAUAUUUUUUGUACGUAAAAUGAUUUUAUUGUGACUGCCUUUGCUUCCCGGGGCUCCUGCAGUCCGACCGCUGCAUUUUACGUACCCUACAUUCUAUGGCCUUCCGGGACAAAGGUGACUUGCAUCACGGUACACUCUUGUUUACUUCUUAGCUGUAAAUGUGUUCCUGUUACCUUUUUUUAAAAAAAAACAAUUGUGAUUUGUUUUUGUCUUUGUUUUUUAAAACAACCUAGCCGUCAUCAAGGUGCUAUGAGAGCCCCAUAAGGGUAGUUAUUGGCAACUGUAGGAAAAUGAUCUUUUAUCACUGACUGUGCCAGCUAUUCCUUAUAUGAAGUAUUCCGUGUCACAUGAUCUCUGGGAAAAACAAGAACAAAAAGUGUGCUGCCUUGGUGCUAUUAUUGUAUUUUUUUUUAAGUGAUCUUCAGGCUCCGAAAUGGAAACAUUUUUACUAAAAGGGAGGAUGGGAGGACAGUUUCCAGUGGACGUGUCACUUGGAGAGAAUAAGAGCAGCUAUGGGCCCUGAUUUCUGGACAUGUUUUCUUUGGAAGAGAGUUGGACUUGGUUGUCGUCGCCGUUGUUAAUAUGCUUUGCUUCUACCCAUGGUGCCUUGGUCUUCUGCAACCCCCACCAGCGUGACACUGGGAGAGUAAGGGUUUCUCACUGUCUUGCCCAUGAACUCAGGACGGAGGAGGCGCCGUCGGGGAUUGGCCAUCGGGCUUUCUCGGCAUACCACAGGAGUUCUGGAAGAGAAUCAGCAUCAUCCGGGUCAUGGGGAAAAGUGGCCAAUGACAGAACUUCUCUCCACGUUCCGGCCGUGAGCCCAGUGCCCUGCGGGUUUUGUGAUGUCAUGUGAAAAGUGAGCUGUGGGGUCGAAGACACCUUCCACGAAUGCACUCGAGUCUUUCCAGGCUUCUGUGAAUCCACUUUCUGUCACUUCUUUCCAAACUGGAAGUGCUGACGUGCCCUUCCAAGCUGACUUGAAGGGACGGAUGCUGGCACCAGUGGGCCAUGCAGGGCACUCAACCCGAGAAUCCUCCUGCACUUCCCAAACCAAAGAGAUUAGGAAAACCUGGUGGGACUUGCCCCCUCCAUGCAGAGUGCUCCAAGAAAAGGUAUAUUCCAUAUAUGAAUAAGCAUUACUCUCCACUAUUAAUUAAUUAACACAUUGUGAAAGUAUAUUAUAAAUAAAUAC